AUGUAUAGCGAGUUCGAAGAAGUAAUCGCGUAUGUCAAGGCACGCCUUCGCGUCUCUGUAGAGCUGAAGGCAAAUCAGGUGGCCGCUCUUCGUGCUACAUAUGAGAAAGAGGAUGUAACUGCCGUCUUACCCGCUGGUUAUGAUAGAAGUGUGGUAUACCAGCUUAUGCCUUGGGUCAUCCAGCAUCGAGAAGACAGUGAGGAACCCAUGAUAGCUAUCGUUGUAUCCCCUCUAAUCAGCAUGACAGAGAAGAAUUUCAAGGUUUUAAUACAUCUGAGACAGAAUGCUCAACGUACGAAGUCAUGGCAGGAAACAAUGAUCAGGCAUUUAGUCAUGACAAUGAUUCAGAUAGUGAUGAGGAAGAGGAGAAUUUGCCCAUAUUCACAGAAAAGCUUUUUUUAUUUAACUGCCUUGAGGGAUGGGAAAGAUGUUCAGAUGUAUGCCCAUCCAGAGGCAGUGGUGUCAAAUAACCAAAUGGGAAAGUUGUUACGAUUAACAGUCUACAGGAAACGAGUUGGAGUUGGAUGUAUCGGUGUUGAUGAGGUUCAAAUGGUUGCUCAAUGGGGAGACGAUUUCACACAAUUUUUCAACAAGCUAGGUGAAUUCACUGCCCUGUUCCCUGAUACGGCUCAUCUGACGGUGACAGCAAAACUAACACCAUCUGCGACCAACAAACUCACCGAUAUCCUGCAACUUGAAAACCCCACCAUUGUCACCUGCAAUCCAGAUAGACCCAAUAUACGCUUGGAGGUGAAGACAAGGCUACCAAAUAUACAUAAAUUAGAUAAAUUUGAUGACUUGGUGAACCCACUCAACACUGGACUAAAUGAAUUGCAACUGACUUUUUCAGUAGCCAUUGUUUAUGUUGAUAACUUGGAUGCUCUCUGGUACAGCUAUCAGUAUCUGGAUCAAACACUUAGUAAACGAGGAUAUACCAAAUAAACCCAGACUCCUGUGAACAAACCUUUCGCAAAGUAUCACAAAGACUAUACACAGAAGAUGAAGAGUCUCAUUGUACAAGAGCUGCGCACGGAAAAUCAAAACGUAUUGAGCAGAGUUAUUCACUUUAGGCCACCAACAACUCUUGAGUAAUAUAUGCUGGAAAUAGGCCGUGCUGUGAGGAGAGGACAACCGGUACAAGCAAUUAUAUACUACAAAAUAGCCACAAACAGACCAGGUCUGUCUCAAGACAUCGUCAAAUUCUGCCGAAAUGAAUCAUGUUGUUUACGAAAGCUGCUGUUGGCUUAUUUUGGAUCCAAUGAAGUUUUAUAA